CGCCUCUGCUUGGUCACUGAAAAGCCUGUAAUCUGCUUCAGUUCAUUAAAAAGAUCUGGCGGUCUAUUUCUCUUCGCAUUCAGCUAGCAGUCGCGCUACGAAGCAAAGAAAUUUGAUACAAAAAAUACAGUGUGUUUUUAGUUCAACACCGAUAUGGCUCUAUUGAACGACAAGGAAAAUCUGAACAACGCCAUCAACAAUGUUCACAUCAAGUCUCCAGUAAAAAAUAACAUCUUGACCACCCGCAAUGACAACGUAACUGAUGAUAAAAUGGAUAUAGUAAAGGACGACAAAGAGCCUGAAUUCGAUCCUCAGCUUGAACCGCUAUUGCGCGAAAACCCACGGCGAUUCGUCAUCUUUCCCAUUCAAUAUCAAGAUAUCUGGAAUAUGUACAAAAAAGCCGAGGCGUCUUUCUGGACAGUGGAGGAGGUUGAUUUGUCUAAGGACAUGUCUGACUGGGAAAAUUUAAAAGAUUGUGAAAGACAUUUUAUUAAACAUGUUCUGGCCUUUUUUGCUGCAUCUGAUGGAAUUGUUAAUGAGAACCUUGUAGAACGAUUCUCACAAGAAGUCCAAGUGACAGAAGCAAGAUGUUUCUAUGGAUUCCAAAUUGCUAUGGAAAAUGUACAUUCUGAAAUGUAUUCACUGUUAAUUGACACUUAUAUCAGAGAUCCUAAGGAAAGGGAUUUCCUCUUCAAUGCAAUUGAAACUCUGCCAUGUAUUAAAAAGAAAGCUGAUUGGGCAUUGCAGUGGAUUGGUAGCAAAACAGCAACGUUUGGAGAACGUAUUGUUGCAUUUGCUGCUGUUGAAGGAAUAUUCUUCUCUGGUAGUUUUGCUUCAAUUUUCUGGCUCAAGAAGCGUGGUCUGAUGCCAGGGCUGACUUUUAGUAAUGAACUGAUUUCCAGAGAUGAGGGUCUUCAUACAGAUUUUGCAUGUCUAAUGUUCAAGCAUCUAGUCCAAAAACCAAGCAAGCACCGAGUACUCCAAAUAAUUAAAGAUGCAGUUGUUAUUGAGCAGGAGUUCCUCACAGACGCACUUCCGGUCCGGCUAUUGGGUAUGAACUGCGAACUUAUGUCAGAUUACAUUGAGUUUGUUGCUGAUAGACUGCUGGUAGACUUAAUAGGAGAGAAGCAUUACAACACAAAGAACCCAUUUGACUUUAUGAACCUAAUUUCUCUGGAAGGCAAAACAAACUUCUUUGAAAAGAAAGUUGGGGAAUACCAAAAAUGGGGAGUCAUGGCAAACCCUCUUGACAAUGUAUUCACUUUGGAUGCUGAAUUUUAGUUUCUUAAAAAAUUUUGACUACACCAGGGAUGGGCAAACUUGUUCUUGCCAAUAUUUACUAUAAGAAUCUAUGGCGAGCCCAGUUUUGAUUUGGACCUCAUGAAUUUGUAAAUUGAAUCAAAUAAAAUAUAUCACAAUAACAAAUGCCCCUCACCUUUGCAGCUCAGCUGCAAGGUAAAUACGCCCCUGAAUUAGGUAGUUACUAGGUAUUCGGCAGUGGGAUUGUCUUUGUCAGAACAUGUGAAUAAAUGGUGGUACUUUUUGGUUCUGGUGGUAGAUUUUUGUUUGAUGGUUGAGGGCCCGAUUUCUGCCAUUUGAGGGCUGGAGAUGGCCUGAGGGCUUCUAUCAACAAAUGAAAUCCCUUGAGCUGUAGUUUGCCUAUCUCUGGACUACACUGUGAAUUGACAGUAUUAUGAAUUUGAAUUCCAAAUAAAUUAGCAUAUGUUUUUGAUUUUAACUGACUUAAUUGGAACCUGCGAGUCUGUGAAUGACACAUGUAUUGAGGUAUUUAAAAGCAGGAUAUGUAUCUCGAAUAUAGCCUGUAUGGAAAUGUAUCUUGCAUCUUACUGUAUGCAAAUUUCUAAAUUAUACUUAAGUUUUAUGUCUUUGACUUUAACCGACUUAAUUGGAACCUGUGAGUCUGUGACUUACAUGUAUUGAGGUAUUUGAAAGCAGGAUAUGUAUCUCGAAUAUAGCCUGUAUGGAAAUAUAUCUCGAAUCUGACUGUAUGCAAA